CCUCUUUGGUGCCUGAUUUCUAAACUGACGCUCUAGGUACCGUACAUGUAGGGCCAACUGAGCUUGCGACUAAGCCUUAGGUACCUAAAAGUACAGGUAAAUUAGCGUCAGCGAACCUUAGCAAGCUUUCGUCUACCUCUUGCCAUCGGAACCCACUCAACAACUUGAACGUCAACUUUACUACUUCAUUCUCUAUCCAGCACUUGGUAUCACCACUAUCACCACUACAAGCGAAUUCAAUCAUCAUCAGCCUUUCGCUUUGUAGACGUGGUUCUUGUCCAUCAAUAAUUUAUCAGUGCCCAUAACAGAGCGCUUUGCAUAUUACUUUGACCCGCACCGGGCAGUAGCUUGUCAAGAUGGGUCAAAACCAAUCCGGAAUGGGUGGUGCCGGCCAGGAUGGAAAGGAUGAUAAGGAUAAGAAGAAGGAGAAGCCAAAGUACGAACCGCCACCCCGCCCAACCACUCGUAUCGGACGUAAGAAGAGAAAGGCUGCUGGUACUUCUGCGGCUGCCAAACUCCCCGCCGUCUACCCGACCAGUCGAUGCAAGCUUCGUCUACUCCGAAUGCAACGUAUCCAUGACCACCUACUACUCGAAGAAGAGUUCGUCGAGAAUCAAGAGCGUCUAAGAAAAGCUAAGGCCGCUAAAGACAACACUGGCCCUGCUCCUGAUCUCGAUGCUCCCGACCGCAUGGCCGACGAACGUGGUCGGGUCGACGACAUGCGUGGAAGCCCGAUGGGUGUCGGUACUCUCGAGGAGAUGAUUGAUGAUGACCACGCUAUAGUCUCCAGCACCACCGGUCCUGAGUAUUACGUCAGCAUCAUGAGUUUCGUCGACAAGGACCUACUAGAGCCCGGUGCCUCUGUGUUAUUGCAUCACAAGAGCGUCUCUAUCGUCGGCGUGCUUACGGAUGAUACGGACCCGGCCGUUAAUGUCAUGAAACUCGACAAGGCACCAACCGAGUCCUAUGCCGAUAUUGGUGGAUUGGAGCAGCAGAUUCAAGAAGUGAGGGAGUCGGUUGAACUACCACUUCUUCACCCGGAGUUGUACGAGGAGAUGGGUAUUAAGCCUCCGAAGGGUGUCAUACUUUACGGUGCUCCUGGAACCGGCAAGACGCUGUUGGCAAAGGCCGUAGCGAACCAGACCUCAGCCACAUUCUUACGCAUCGUUGGAAGCGAGCUGAUCCAGAAGUAUCUGGGUGAUGGACCGCGACUCGUGCGACAGCUUUUCCAAGUUGCCGCGGAAAACGCUCCUUCUAUUGUUUUUAUUGAUGAAAUCGAUGCCAUUGGCACGAAGCGUUACGAUUCAACAUCAGGUGGCGAGCGUGAAGUUCAGCGAACUAUGUUGGAACUCCUUAACCAACUGGAUGGUUUCGACGACCGUGGUGACGUCAAGGUUAUCAUGGCAACCAACAAGAUCGAGACUCUCGACCCUGCCUUGAUCCGACCCGGCCGAAUUGACCGAAAAAUCCUCUUCGAGAAUCCAGACCAGAACACGAAACGCAAGAUCUUCAAUCUUCAUACGAGCAAGAUGAGCCUGAACGAAGAUGUUGACCUGGAUGAGUUCAUCAGUCAGAAAGAUGAUCUAUCCGGGGCGGACAUCAAGGCUAUAUGCUCCGAGGCUGGCCUGAUGGCUCUACGUGAACGUCGUAUGCGUGUGCAGAUGGCGGAUUUUAGGGCCGCAAGAGAGAGGGUCCUUCGUACUAAACAAGAGGGAGAACCCGAAGGCCUAUACUUGUAGUCUAUUACGUGUAUUGUAGAGUUACGAAGAAGGGGGUAGGCUGCGGCAAAUGCGCGUUGUCGGCGCUGUAGCGGUUAAUAUAUGAUAAUAGGAGACCCUGCAGUUAUUACGAAUGCUACCCGUACUUUAUUUCGAGUGCUCUACGAUUGGUGCUUUUUAACUUAGCUCUUAGGUACUUGUGUUCUUGAUAUAUCAUCUAUUUUGAGACUACUGGC